AUGAAGGAUUUUGUUGCGCUCCGCUCGUUCGUGCAGCCGUACUUCGCGCGUUUCGAGGACGCUGAGGGCAACGCUUUUUUGGGGGGCCCCGACAACGAAGAGCAGUACCACUAUUCUGCUGCGUUCCGCCAGGUUUUGGCAGAGCACUUCUGGCGCCUAUGCAGGGCUUUCUACGCUCUGCGCCAGAGUCACACCCGCCAAUUCCAUCUGGCUGGCUCCAAGAAGGAAGCCAAGAAGAAUCAGGGACAGUAUGUCCGCGUUGUCCAGAAGAGCAUUGACUCUCUGCACCGCCGUUGGGAUUAG